AUGCCCUACCUUGAGCGUUUGGAUAAGGACAGGACCUCGUCUGAUGAGGUGGCAGAGUCACUGGCAUUCUACGAAAAGUUGGAUGAACACUUUUGGGAGGAAGAGGAGGAGGAGGAGGAAGAGGAAGAGAGUGUCAAGGCCGCUGAGAUGAUGCCUGAGGCGAAAAUUGAGGAGAUGAUGGAAGAAGGUGGGAUGGACAACGAUGCGGCAGACGUAAUCGAUGAUGAGGGUGAAAAUGAUGAGGUGGACGAGGAGGAGGAAGAUUAG